ACCACACCGCCCGCCCUGCCGGACCCGCCCCGUCCCGAACCGUCCCACCCGACCCGAACCCGGACCCGGGUCUGCAGCCGCCGCAGCUCACAGCUCCUUCAAACCUCGGGCCCCGCGCGCGCGGGCUAUGGCAGUUCCAGGAGGUUGAGCGCGCAGGCUGUGUGACGGAGAUUCCUGAGAGAGACUGAAGAGAAGAGAGAAGAAAGAAGGGGCGGACUCCUGGCAAGGCAUUUGCACCUGGACAAGUUCUGCAGAAGAUGGAGAAGGAAGAGGAGACGACUCGGGAGCUGCUGCUGCCCAAUUGGCAGGGCAGCGGUUCCCACGGGCUGACCAUUGCCCAGAGGGACGACGGUGUCUUUGUGCAGGAAGUGAUGCAGAACUCCCCUGCGGCCCGCACUGGUGUGGUCAAGGAGGGGGACCAGAUUGUGGGCGCCACCAUCUACUUUGACAACCUGCAGUCGGCCGAGGUGACGCAGCUCCUGAAUACCAUGGGCCACCACACGGUGGGCCUGAAACUGCACCGUAAAGGGGACCGUUCCCCCGAACCCGGCCAGACCUGGACCCACGAAGUCUUCAGCUCCCACAGCUCCGAAGUGGUUCUGAGCGGGGACGACGAGGACUACCAGCGCAUCUACACCACGAAGAUCAAGCCACGGCUAAGGUCGGAGGAUGGCGUGGAAGGGGAUCUCGGGGAGACCCAGAGCCGCACCAUCACAGUCACCAGGAGGGUCACGGCCUACACAGUGGACGUGACCGGCCGAGAAGGUGCCAAGGACAUCGACAUUAGCAGCCCGGAGUUCAAGAUCAAGAUUCCGCGGCAUGAACUGACCGAAAUCUCCACCGUGGAUGUGGAGACACAGCCUGGGAAGACGGUCAUCAGGCUGCCCUCGGGUUCCGGGUCUUCUGGCGACCUCCGAGCUGGGGGGGCCCUUUCAGCUGUGGGACCCGAGUUCCAAGGCGCUGGCCACACACAAGUCCAGGUCACCGUGCCUGGGAUAAAGGUGGGGAGCCCAGGCAUCAAUGUCAGUGCACAGGGCUUGGACUUGGGGGGCAAAGGAGGGGCCCAAGUUUCAGGGCUGGGCGGUGGCUCAGUGGAGGUGCAGGGGCCAUGCCUUGAGAGUGGUGGGGAGGGAACAAUUAAGAUUCCUGCCAUGAAAGUGCCCAAAUUUGGGGUGUCAACAGGGCCUGCAGGCCAGGCAGGGGCAGGGCUGAGUGUUUCUGUCCCUGAAGUCUCCCUGGGGUCAAAGGGCAGCAAGCCAGGCGUGGCCAUUGGGGGGAGUGUGCAGGCCCCUCAGCUGGAUGUCACUGCACCCUCUGUCAGUGUGGAGGGCAAAGUGAAAGGUCCUUCCAUCACAGGCCCAUCAAUCAAAGGAGACCUAGGUCUGAAAGGUGCACAGGGGAGCAUGGGGAUGGACAUCUCCGCCCCCAAAAUUGAGAGCAGUCUCAGUGGCCCAGCUGUGAAAAUCCAAGCCCCCGAGGUUGAUAUUCAGGGGCCGGGGGGCAAGUUAAACAUGCCCAAGAUGAAAGUCCCCAAGUUCUCAGCAUCAGGUGUGAAGGGAGAGGCAGUUGGCCCGGACCUGACGCUCCCCACAGGCGAAGUGACUCUUCCCGGGGUGUCUGGGGGCGUCAGCCUGCCUGAGGUUACCACUGGGGGCCUGGAGGGGAAGCUGAAGGGCACUAAAGUCAAGGGCCCCGAAAUGAUUGUGCAGAAACCAAAAAUCUCCAUGCAGGAUGUGGACCUGAGCCUGGGUUCCCCCAAACUGAAAGGAGAUAUUAAGAUUUCCUCCCCUGGGGUGCACGGAGAUGUGAAAGGCCCUCAGGUGGCACUUAAGGGCUCCAAAGUGGACAUUGAGACCCCCAGCCUAGAGGGCACCUUGACCGGCCCCAAGCUUAGUGGCCCUUCUGGGAAAACAGGCACCUGCAAGAUCUCCAUGGCUGAUGUGGACUUUAACGUGGUCACCCCUAAAGGGAAAGGGGGUGUAGAUGUCACACUCCCAAAAGUGGAAGGCAAAGGCCCUGAAGUGAACAUCAGUGCCCCUGAGGUGGACGUUCAUGGCCCAGAGUGGAACCUAAAGAUGCCUAAGAUGAAAAUGCCCAAGUUCAGUGCUCAGGGAGUCAAGGGGGAGGGUCCUGAGGUGAAUGUGGAUCUCCCGCAAGGAGAUGUCAGUGUUUCAGGGCCCAAGGUCCAUGUGGAAGCUCCCGGUGUCCACCUAGAGAGCUCAGGGGGCAAAGUCAAAGGCCCCGAUGUGAAAAUGCCUGAAGUCAGCAUCAAGACACCCAAGCUCUCCAUGCCAGAUGUGGAUCUGCACGUGAAAGGCCCAAAGGUGAAGGGAGAAUACGACGUCACUGUACCCAAACUCGAGGGAGACAUCAAAGGCCCCAAAGUGGACAUUGACACCCCUGAUGUGGAUGUGCAUGGCCCAGACGUACAUCUGAAAAUGCCCAAGAUGAAAAUGCCUAAAUUUGGCGUGCCUGGACUCAAGGCAGAGGCCCCUGCAGUGGAAGUGAAUCUGCCCAAGGCUGAUGUGGACAUUUCUGCACCCAAAGUGGAUGUUAGCGCUCCUGAGGUGACCCUGGAGGGACCCGAAGGGAAAGUGAAGGGGCCCAAGUUUAAAAUGCCUGAGAUGAACAUCAAAGGUCCCAAAAUCUCCAUGCCUGAUGUUGACUUGCAUUUGAAAGGUCCCAAAGUUAAAGGGGAAUAUGAUGUCACAGUGCCCAGGGCUGAAGGUGAGAUCAAAGUGCCCGAUGUGGAACUUAAAAGUGCCAAAGUGGACAUUGAUGUCCCAGAUGUGGAUGUGCAUGGCCCCAACUGGAACUUGAAGAUGCCCAAGAUGAAGAUGCCCAAGUUCAGCAUGCCAGGCUUCAAGGGAGAGGGUCCAGAGGUGGACGUGAACUUGCCCAAGGCUGACCUGACUGUCAAAGCACCCAAAGUGGAUGUUGACCUUCCUGACGUGAAUGUUGAAGGCCCAGAAGGGAAGCUGAAGGGCCCCAAAGUAAAGGUGCCUGAGAUGAACAUCAAGGCCCCCAAGAUCUCCAUGCCUGAUGUAGAUUUGCAUAUGAAAGGUCCCAAGGUCAAGGGAGAAUAUGAUGUGACAGUACCAAAGUUGGAAGGGGACUUGAAAGGCCCAAAGGUAGACAUCGCCACCCCAGAUGUUGAAGUUCAGGGCACUGAAUGGAACCUGAAGAUGCCCAAGAUGAAGAUGCCCAAAUUUAGCAUGCCAAGCCUGAAAGGAGAAGGCCCAGAGGUGGACGUGAACCUACCCAAGAUGGAUGUGGACCUUUCUGCACCCAAAGUGGAUCUUAGUGCUCCUGAUCUGAGUCUGGAAGGACCAGAAGGGAAGCUGAAGGGCCCCAAGUUUAAGAUGCCUGAGAUGCAUUUCAAAGCCCCUAAGAUCUCUAUGCCUGAUGUGGACUUACACAUGAAAACCCCCAAGAUCAAAGGAGAAAUGGAUGUGUCUGUGCCCAAGAUAGAAGGUGAAGUGAAGGUGCCGGAAGUGGACAUCAAAGGCCCCAAAGUAGACAUCAGUGCCCCAGAUGUGGAUGUUCAAGGUCCAGAUUGGCACCUGAAGAUGCCCAAGAUGAAAAUGCCCAAGUUCAGUGUGCCAGGCUUCAAGGGUCCAGAGGUGGACGUGAACCUGCCCAAAGUCGACCUUGACAUUUCAGCACCCAAAGUGGACAUUGAAGCCCCAGAUGUGAGCCUGGAGGGUCCAGAUGCCAAGUUGAAGGGCCCCAAGUUUAAGAUGCCUGACAUGAACAUCAAGGCCCCCAAGAUCUCCAUGCCUGAUGUGGACUUGCACUUGAAGGGUCCCAAAGUCAAAGGGGACAUGGAUGUGUCUGUGCCCAAGAUAGAAGGUGAAGUGAAGGUGCCAGAAGUGGACAUCAAAGGCCCCAAAGUGGACAUCAGUGCCCCAGAUGUGGAUGUUCAAGGUCCAGAUUGGCACCUGAAGAUGCCCAAGAUGAAAAUGCCCAAGUUCAGCAUGCCAGGCUUCAAGGGAGAGGGUCCAGAGGUGGACGUGAACCUGCCCAAAGUCGACCUUGACGUCUCAGCACCCAAAGUAGAUAUUGAAGCCCCAGAUGUGAGCCUGGAGUGUCCAGAUGCCAAGUUGAAGGGCCCCAAGUUUAAGAUGCCUGAGAUGAACAUCAAAGCCCCUAAGAUCUCCAUGCCUGAUGUGAAUUUCAACUUAAAGGCACCGAAAAUCAAGGGGGAGAUGGAUGUUUCUGCCCCAAAGCUUGAAGGAGAAUUAAAGGGGCCAGAAAUUGAUGUUAAAGGCCCUAAGGUGGAUGUUAACUUGCCAGAUGUAUCUGUGGAAGGUCCAGAAGGCAAAUGGAAGAGUCCUAAAUUUAAGAUGCCAGACAUGCACUUCAAGACUCCCAAAAUCUCCAUGCCGGACAUUGACUUACAUUUAAAAGGUCCCAAGAUAAAGGGAGAUGUGGAUGUUGAUGUUCCCAAGUUGGAAGGUGAUCUCAAGGGUCCAGAUGUUGACUUUGAAGGACCAGAGGGGAAAUUGAAAGGCCCGAAAUUCAAAAUGCCUGAAAUGCAUUUCAAAGCACCCAAUAUUUCUAUGCCUGACAUAGACCUAAACUUGAAAGGACCCAAAGUCAAAGGAGAUGUAGAUGUGUCUGUGCCUGAUGUGGAAGGCAAAAUUAAAGUGCCAGAUGUAAAUAUCAAGGGUCCCAAUGUUGACAUUAGUGCUCCUGAAGUUCAUGGUCCAGACUGGCACCUGAAGAUGCCCAAGAUGAAAAUGCCCAAGUUCAGCAUGCCAGGCUUCAAAGGAGAGGGCCCAGAGGUGGAUGUGAACCUGCCCAAGGCCGACCUUGACAUCUCUGGACCCAAGGUGGACAUUGACGUUCCAGAUGUGAACAUUGAGGGUCCAGAUGCCAAACUGAAGGGCCCCAAGUUUAAGAUGCCUGAGAUGAACAUCAAAGCUCCUAAGAUCUCCAUGCCUGACAUUAACCUAAACCUGAAAGGCCCCAAACUGAAGGGUGAUGUGGAUGUUUCUCUGCCGAAGGUGGAAGGAGACCUCAAGGGCCCUGAAGUUGACAUCAAGGGCCCCAAAGUUGACAUAAAUGCUCCAGAUGUGGAUGUCCAUGGCCCAGACUGGCACCUGAAGAUGCCCAAGAUAAAGAUGCCCAAGAUCAGCAUGCCAGGUUUCAAGGGUGAGGGCCCAGAGGUGGAUGUGAACCUGCCCAAGGCCGACCUUGAUAUCUCUGGACCCAAAGUGGACAUUGACGUUCCAGAUGUGAACAUUGAGGGUCCAGAUGCCAAACUGAAAGGCCCCAAGUUCAAGAUGCCUGAGAUGAACAUCAAAGCUCCUAAGAUCUCCAUGCCUGACAUUGACUUAAACUUGAAAGGCCCCAAACUGAAGGGUGAUGUGGAUGUUUCUCUUCCAAAGGUGGAAGGAGACGUCAAGGGCCCUGAAGUUGACAUCAAGGGCCCCAAAGUUGACAUCAAUGCUCCAGAUGUGGAUGUCCAUGGCCCAGACUGGCACUUGAAGAUGCCCAAGAUAAAAAUGCCAAAGAUCAGCAUGCCAGGCUUCAAGGGAGAAGGUCCAGAGGUUGAUGUGAACCUGCCCAAAGCUGACCUUGAUGUUUCAGUGCCCAAAGUGGACAUCGAAGGGCCUGAUGUGAACAUUGAGGGUCCCGAUGCCAAACUGAAGGGCCCCAAGUUCAAGAUGCCUGAGAUGAAUAUCAAGGCCCCCAAGAUCUCCAUGCCUGAUUUUGAUCUUAACUUGAAGGGUCCCAAAUUAAAGGGUGAUGUGGAUGUGUCUUUACCGAAAGUUGAAGGUGAGGUGAAAGUUCCUGAAGUGGAUAUUAAAGGCCCCAAAGUGGACAUUGAUGUUCCAGAUGUGGAUGUUCAUGGCCCAGACUGGCACCUGAAGAUGCCCAAGAUGAAAAUGCCCAAGUUCAGCAUGCCAGGCUUCAAGGGAGAGGGCCCAGAGGUGGAUGUGAACUUGCCUAAAGCUGAUAUUGACAUCUCAGGACCUAAGGUGGACAUUGAUGUUCCAGAUGUGAAUAUUGAAGGUCCAGAUGCCAAACUAAAGGGCCCCAAGUUCAAGAUGCCUGAGAUGAAUAUUAAAGCUCCUAAGAUCAGCAUGCCAGAUUUGGAUCUUCAUCUUAAAGGGCCAAAGAUCAAAGGAGACGUAGAUGCUUCACUUCCAAAUGUAGAAGGUGGAUUGAAGGGGCCUAGCCUUGACAUCAAGGCCCCAGAAUUAGACAUAGGCACUUCAGAUAUUGACAUUCAUGGCCCAGAAGGUAAAAUAAAAGGUCCCAAACUGAAGAUGCCUGACAUGCAUGUGAACAUGCCCAAGAUCACCAUGCCAGAAAUCGACCUGAACUUGAAAGGCUCAAAGCUUAAGGGUGACAUUGAUGUUUCUGGACCCAAAUUGGAAGGUGACAUCAAAGCUCCCAAACUGGAUGUGAAGGGUCCUGAAGUGGACAUUUCUGGUCCAAAGGUCAAUAUUGAAGCCAAGUCAAAGAAAUCUCGUUUUAAGCUUCCCAAAUUUAAUUUUUCGGGUUCCAAAGUUCAGACACCAGAAGUGGAUGUCAAAGUUAAAAAACCAGACAUAGAUGUCACUGGGCCAAAAGUCGAUAUUAAUGCUCCUGAUGUCGAGGUCCAAGGAAAAGUCAAAGGAUCCAAGUUUAAAAUGCCUUUCUUGAGUAUUUCUUCUCCAAAAGUUUCUAUGCCUGAUGUGGAAUUAAAUCUGAAAGGCCCUAAAGUCAAAGGAGACUUGGAUGUUGCAGUCCCUAAUUUAGAAGGUGACCUAAAAGGGCCUAAACUGGAUAUUAAGGCACCAGAAGUCAAUCUUGAGGCACCAGAGGUAGAUGUUCAUGGUCCAGAGUGGAAUUUGAAAAUGCCCAAGAUGAAAAUGCCCAAGUUUGGUGUGCCUGGUUUGAAGGCAGAAGGGCCAGAUAUGUCUGUGGAUCUCCCCAAAGGAGACAUCAAUAUCGAGGCUCCCACUAUGAACAUUGAGGGUCCAGAAAUUAAUGUGGAAGGUCUAGAAGGAGGCUUAAAGGGUCCUAAAUUUAAGAUGCCUGACAUGAAUAUCAAAGCUCCUAAGAUCUCCAUGCCUGACAUUGACUUGAACUUGAAGGGCCCCAAGAUAAAAGGUGAUAUGGAUGUGUCUCUGCCUAAGGUGGAAGGAGACCUCAAGGGUCCUGAGAUUGACAUCAAGGGCCCCAAAGUUGACAUCAAUGCUCCAGAUGUGGAUGUUCAUGGCCCAGACUGGCACCUGAAGAUGCCCAAGGUGAAGAUGCCCAAGUUCAGCAUGCCAGGCUUCAAAGGAGAGGGCCCAGAGGUGGAUGUGAACCUGCCCAAGGCCGACCUUGACAUCUCUGGACCCAAGGUGGACAUUGACGUUCCAGAUGUGAACAUUGAGGGUCCAGAUGCCAAAUUGAAGGGUCCCAAAUUCAAAAUGCCUGAGAUGAACAUCAAGGCCCCCAAAAUUUCUAUGCCUGAUCUUGACUUUAACCUGAAAGGCCCCAAAAUAAAGGGUGAUGUGGAUGUGACUUUGCCAAAAGUGGAAGGUGACCUCAAGGGCCCUGAAGUGGACAUCAAGGCCCCCAAAGUAGACAUUGAUACUCCUGAUAUUAACAUUGAAGGCCCAGAAGGGAAGCUGAAGGGCCCCAAAUUUAAGAUGCCUGAGAUGAACAUCAAGGCCCCCAAAAUCUCCAUGCCUGACUUUGAUUUGCACCUGAAAGGUCCUAAAGUGAAAGGAGACGUGGAUGUGUCCCUGCCUAAGGUGGAAGGAGACCUCAAAGGCCCUGAAGUUGACAUCAAAGGGCCCAAAGUAGACAUUGAUGCCCCAGAUGUGGAUGUUCAUGGUCCAGACUGGCACCUGAAGAUGCCCAAGAUAAAGAUGCCCAAGAUCAGCAUGCCAGGCUUCAAGGGAGAGGGCCCAGAUGUGGAUGUGAACCUGCCCAAGGCCGACCUUGACAUCUCUGGACCCAAGGUGGACAUUGACGUUCCAGAUGUGAACAUUGAGGGUCCAGAUGCCAAACUGAAAGGCCCCAAGUUCAAGAUGCCUGAGAUGAACAUCAAGGCCCCCAAGAUCUCCAUGCCUGACCUUGAUUUGCACCUGAAAGGUCCUAAGGUAAAGGGUGAUGUGGACGUGUCUCUGCCUAAGGUGGGAGGAGACCUCAAAGGCCCUGAGAUGGACAUCAAGGGCCCCAAAGUUGACAUCAAUGCCCCAGAUGUGGAUGUUCAUGGCCCAGACUGGCACCUGAAGAUGCCCAAGAUAAAAAUGCCAAAGAUCAGCAUGCCAGGCUUCAAGGGUGAGGGCCCAGAAGUGGAUGUGAACUUGCCCAAAGCUGACCUUGAUGUCUCAGUGCCCAAAGUGGACAUUGAAGGGCCUGAUGUGAACAUUGAGGGUCCCGAUGCCAAACUGAAGGGCCCCAAGUUCAAGAUGCCUGAGAUGAACAUCAAGGCCCCCAAGAUCUCUAUGCCUGACCUUGAUUUGCACCUGAAAGGUCCUAAAGUAAAGGGUGAUGUGGACCUGUCUCUGCCUAAGGUGGAAGGAGACCUCAAAGGCCCUGAGAUCGACAUCAAGGGUCCCAAAGUUGACAUCAAUGCCCCAGAUGUGGAUGUUCAUGGCCCAGACUGGCACCUGAAGAUGCCCAAGAUAAAGAUGCCCAAGAUUAGCAUGCCAGGCUUCAAGGGUGAGGGCCCAGAAGUGGAUGUGAACUUGCCCAAGGCCGACCUUGAUAUCUCUGGACCCAAAGUAGACAUUGACGUUCCAGAUGUGAACAUUGAGGGUCCCGAUGCUAAACUGAAAGGCCCCAAGUUCAAGAUGCCUGAGCUAAAUAUCAAAGCUCCUAAGAUCUCCAUGCCUGACCUUGACUUAAACCUGAAAGGCCCCAAAUUAAAGGGUGAUGUGGAUGUUUCCCUGCCAAAGGUGGAAGGAGACCUCAAGGGCCCUGAGAUUGACAUCAAGGGCCCCAAAGUUGACAUCAAUGCUCCAGAUGUGGAUGUUCAUGGCCCAGACUGGCACCUGAAGAUGCCCAAGGUGAAGAUGCCCAAAUUCAGCAUGCCGGGCUUCAAGGGAGAGGGCCCAGAGGUGGAUGUGAACCUGCCCAAGGCCGACCUUGACAUCUCUGGACCCAAAGUGGACAUUGACGUUCCAGAUGUGAACAUUGAAGGUCCUGAUGCCAAACUGAAGGGUCCCAAGUUCAAGAUGCCUGAGAUGAACAUCAAAGCUCCUAAGAUCUCCAUGCCCGAUCUGGACUUUAAUCUCAAAGGUCCCAAAUUGAAGGGUGAUGUGGAUAUUUCUCUCCCCAAAGUGGAAGGUGAUCUCAAGGGCCCUGAAAUUGACAUAAAGGGCCCUAAAUUGGACAUAGAUACACCUGAUGUCAGCAUUGAAGGGCCAGAAGGGAAACUGAAGGGCCCCAAAUUUAAGAUGCCAGAGAUGAACAUCAAAGCUCCCAAGAUUUCAAUGCCUGACUUGGACUUAAAUCUGAAAGGGCCAAAGGUGAAGGGCGACGUGGAUCUUUCACUUCCUAAGGUAGAAGGUAACCUGAAGGGACCAGAAGUGGAUAUUGAAGGCCCUGAAGGGAAACUCAAAGGGCCCAAAUUUAAGAUGCCUGAUGUCCAUUUCAAAACCCCACAAAUCUCCAUGAGUGACAUUGACUUGAACUUGAAAGGUCCUAAGCUAAAGGGAGAUAUGGACCUUUCCGUUCCUAAAUUGGAAGGAGAUUUCAAAGGCCCUAAACUGGAUAUAGAUACCCCUGACAUUGACAUUCAUGGCCCAGAGGGGAAACUGAAGGGCCCCAAGUUCAAAAUGCCUGACCUCCACCUCAAGGGACCCAAGAUCAACAUGCCUGAAGUCGACCUGAACUUGAAGGGCCCUAAGGUGAAGGGAGAUAUGAAUGUUUCCCUGCCUAAGGUGGAAGGAGACCUCAAGGGCCCUGAAGUUGACAUCAAGGGCCCCAAAGUUGACAUCAAUGCUCCAGAUGUGGACGUUCAUGGCCCAGACUGGCACCUAAAGAUGCCCAAAGUGAAGAUGCCCAAGUUCAGCAUGCCAGGCUUCAAGGGAGAAGGUCCAGAGGUAGAUGUGAACCUGCCCAAGGCCGACCUUGACAUCUCUGGACCCAAGGUGGACAUUGACGUUCCAGAUGUGAACAUUGAGGGUCCUGAUGCCAAACUGAAGGGUCCCAAGUUCAAAAUGCCUGAGAUAAAUAUCAAAGCUCCCAAAAUCUCCAUGCCUGAUGUUGACUUGGAUUUGAAAGGGCCCAAGGUCAAAGGAGAUUUUGAUGUGUCUGUUCCCAAGAUAGAAGGUCCAGAAGUAGACCUCAAAGGUCCAGGUCUGGAUAUUGAAGGCCCUGAUGCCAAACUCGGUGGCUUGAACUUGAAGAUGCCAUCACUGGAUAUAUCUGCCCCCAAAGUUACAGCUCCAGAUGUUGACUUACACUUCAAGGCACCCAAAUUUGGAAUUUCUGGUCCCAAGUUAGAAGGUGGUGAUCUAGACCUCAAAGGACCCAAGGUUGAUGUAGAGGCCCCAAGUUUGGAUGUCCACAUGGAGAGUCCAGAUAUUAACAUCGAGGGGCCAGAUGUUAAAAUCCCCAAAUUUAAGAAACCCAAGUUCGGAUUUGGGGCCAAAAGCCCCAAGGUGGACAUUAAGUCUCCUGCUCUGGAUGUGAAUGUUCCUGAUGCGGAACUAAAUGUGGAGGCUCCUGACAUAAGUAUUGGUGGCAAAGGCAAGAAAAGUAAGUUCAAGAUGCCCAAAAUUCACAUGAGCGGUCCUAAAAUGAAGGCCAAGAAGCAAGGAUUUGAUCUGAAUGUUCCUGGAGGUGAGCUGGACGCUACUUUGAAAGCCCCUGAGAUGGAUGUUAGUGUGACUGGUCCUGAUGCCUCCCUGAAAGUCGAUGUGAAAUCACCCAAAACUAAGAAACCAAUGUUUGGAAAAAUGUAUUUUCCAGAUGUAGAAUUCGACAUUAAAUCGCCUAAGUUAAAAGCUGAGGCCCCUCUCCCCAGCCCCAAAUUAGAAGGAGAAAUCCAGGCACCAGAGUUGGAUGUUUCUUCACCCGGGCUGAAUGUGGAAGGUCCUGACCUCAAACUAAAGGCUCCCAAGUUUAAAAUGCCAGGGGUGGAAGUCUCAGGCCCCAAAAUAGAGGGUGACUUGAAAGCCCCUGACAUCCAGGUGGAAGGUCCUGAUGUGAAAGUCAAGGGCCCAGCAUUUGGUAUCUCUGGCCCCCAAGUCUCCAUCCCUGAUGUGAACAUAAACUUGAAAGGUGCAAAGAUGCAGGGCGAAGUCCCUGGGGUGAACCUGGAAGGACCCGAGGUCGACGUGCAAGGUUCAGACUCAAAGAUCAAGUUCCCCAAGUUCUCCAUGCCCAAGAUCGGUGUCCCUGGCGUGAAAGUGGAGGGGGGUGUCCAGCUCCCUUCUCUAGAGGGAGGCUUGAGUGGCCCAGACGUGAAGCUGGAAGGGCCUGAGGUGUCUCUGAAAGGGCCCAAAGUGGACUUGCCUUCUGUGGACCUCUCGAUGCCCAAAAUCUCUGGGCCUGACCUUGACCUGAGUCUGAAAGGACAAAAUUUGAAGGGUGACCUGGAUGCCUCAGUUUCCAGCAUGAAGGUGCAGGCCCCUGGACUUGACCUUCGAGGUAUGGGCGGGAAGGUGAAUCUGGAGGGAGAUGGCAGUGUGGGGUUACCCGAUGUGACCCUGAAGGGACCCCACUUGCAGGGAGACAUCAAGUGCCCCAAAGUAUCUGUGGGCGCUCCUGAUCUGAGCUUGGAGGGCCCUGAAGGUGGCCUAAAGCUUCCCCAAAUGAAGCUACCCCAAUUUGGCAUCACCACUUCUGGGUCUGGCAUGGACAUUAACAUCCAAGGACCACAAGUCACUGGAGACCUAAAGGGGUCGGGCCUAGAUGUCAACCUGGGAGGCCUGAAAGGGCCUCAGAUCUCGGCUCCUGACAUGGACUUGAACUUGGAAGGACCAAAGGUGAAAGGGGGCCUUGGAGGAGGUGUCAGCAUCCAGGCUCCUGGAGGGAAGUUAGGGGGUUCCAUGGAGCUGCCAGGGAUGAAUGUGAAACUCCCCUCGGGGCAGAUCUCUGGUCCCGAGCUCAAAGGUGAUCUGAAAGCAUCCGGAAUUGGCCUCCACGGGGCAGUCCCCGACAUCAGCCUGAAGGGGCCUUCCUUGAACGUGACUGCUCCUGAGUCAGAGUGUGGCAUCAGCUUGAAGGGCCCCAAAGUCAAAGGAGGUUUGGAUGUUACAGGGGGGUUCAGCGCCCCAGAUGUCAGCCUGGGCCAAGUGAGUGUCACUUCCGGUGGCGAGCUCAAAGGACCCCAGGUUUCCUCCACCCUCAACCUGGAUGCACCGAAGCUGGCUGGGGGCCUUCAUUUCUCAGGACCAAAGGGAGAAGUAGGAAUCAAAGGCGGGCAGGUUGGACUCCAGGGUCCUGGACUGAGUAUCUCUGGGCCUCAAGGUCACUUGGAAAGUGGAUUUGGAAAAGUAACAUUCCCCAAAAUGAAGAUCCCCAAAUUUACCACGUCCGGCCGUGAGCUGAUUGGCAGAGAAGUCGGGGUGGAUAUUAACUUCCCUCAGACAGAGGCCAACAUCCAAGCUGGGGUCGGAGAGGCCGAGUGGGAGGACGCCGACAUCAAACUCAAAAAGUCCAAGAUCAAAAUGCCCAAGUUUACUUUCUCCAAGUCCAAAGGGAAAGGCAGCGUGACGGGUUCACCAGAAGCUUCCAUCUCAGGCUCCAAGGGGGACCUGAAGAGCUCAAAGGCCAGCCUGGGCUCUCUGGAAGGCGAAGUGGACGUCGAGGCCGCCUCCCCCAAAGGCAAAUUCUCCUUAUUUAAAACCAAGAAAUCCAGACACCGCUCCAACUCCUUCAGCGACGAGAGGGAGCAUUCUGCACCCUGCACCCCGACGGGGACUUUGGAGUUUGGAGGUGGUGAAGUGUCGCUGGAAGGCGGCAAAGUGAAAGGGAAGCCCGGAAAGCUGAAGUUUGGUACCUUUGGGGGGCUGGGGUCAAAGAGCAAAGGUCAUUAUGAGGUGACAGGCAGUGAUGAGGAGGUGAGCAAGUUACAGGGAAGCGGGGUGUCUUUGGCCUCCAAGAAGUCGCGCCUGUCUUCCUCCUCAAGCAAUGACAGUGGAACCAAGGUUGGCAUUCAUCUCCCCGAGGUGGAGCUGUCGGUGUCCUCGAAGAAAGAGUAACAGGUCUUUGGAUUUGUACAUAGGUGUAUAAACGACACCCUGGCAUGUUUGUAUAUAAACUGCAGAGAGAAACAUGCCAAAAGCCUCAGCAAGAAUUCAAGAAGACCUUGUCCUUUCUUCUCCCAGGGCCGGCGCUGAUGGCCAGCUAGCAGGUUCCUGGGACUUUGCAGACAGGCCUUAGAGUUCCUGUUUCGUGGUGUCAACACCAGACCACCCGUCUGGGCUUUCUCAUUGUUGUCUGGGGGUUGGUUUGUGAUUUUUUUUUUUUUUUUUGCAUUGAAUGCUGAGAACUUUUGUUUACUUAACAAGCUUUUUCUUUUAUCUUCAUUUUUACUUAGCAUUGGAGUCUUGGAAAUUUUCAUUAUAAUAACUUUGGGGCCUUUGUUAGUAUGGGUGGGUGGGCUAGGAUGACAAUUCUUUUUAUUUCUCCUAAGAUUGAAUGUCCUCAAAUAAUAAAUAACAAUUCCCCUCCUUCAUCCACCCAAGUGGUCAAGACCUGCAAAGGGCUGGCAUGUUGGGGCACUUGGCUUCCCCCCGGGUGAUGGUCGUGUCCUUUCUGGUGCACACGGUGUCAGGGGUUCGAAUCUGUAGCGUGCCCCAUCUACCGGCUCUUUGCAUGAAAAUUUCAGUGUUUCCAUCGUGGCUGCUGGUAUGAUUCAUUUAAUUUCUUUUUAACAAAUAUUCUGGUGAUUAAGAAAAUUUCCAGCACUUUAAUGACAAAUUAAUUGAGAAUGUAAAAGAACUGAUGCUGUUAAAGGCAAAUAAAGCUUUUUAUUAACUUUGA